UUUUUUUCCUUUUUCUACUCUUUUCGUUUCGAUAUUGAAAAUAUUCUUAGUAUGAAAUAUACACCUACCAUUCUUUUUUCAGUAACGCUUCUCGGGGUUUCAUUGGCUGCUGAAACUAUGGUUUCACGAUCUUUUCCAUCUUGUGCAUACGUGGGUGGACAAAUUUAUUGUUUUGGCGGUGACACCUAUAGCGAUUUUGCCUCUGGCAACAAAAUCGAUCAAAACAUCUACUCUCUUGACAUUGCCAAAUUUUCAGGAAAUGAAACAGAUACCUUGAGUAGCAAAUGGGAGAAGAUGAUCCCCAAAACGACAUUCAAUUUAGAAAGUAGAAGAGCCCCUACAGCAGCUGUCUUACCUGAUGGAAAAAGCUUCAUGAUUGUUGGUGGUCUUCUUACUAGCGCCAAUCAAAAAUUUUCGAAUCAGACAAUUAUCUAUGAUACUGCUACAAAUACUUGGAUCAAAGGUUUAUCAUGUACUGAGCCAAACAGAGGAACAAGACAAGUACACCGGUCAACAGCAGUAAAUCUUCCAGAUAACAUGAUUGGUUUCUAUGGUGGAUUAGAACAAGCUGCAAAUACUUCACUCCCCGAAAUCACAGCUUCUGGAAAGACAAUGAAUUAUACUUCCACCGGCGGAUCCCUUGUUGGAUUCCGUGCUUUCAAAGUUUUCUCAUUAACUUCAAACAGCUGGUAUGAUUUCUCUCCUCAAGCCAAUAUACCCGCAGAUUAUUACCCAAAUACACAAUCCGCUACUAUCAUCCCAAGUACGGGUAAAGUAUAUUACUUUGGUGGAAGUUACUAUACCCCCGAUUCUCUUUCUCAAUCCAUCCGAGUUCCAUUCGAUAAAGGAAAUACAUUUGAUACCAAAGCUGGUUCUUGGUCACAAGAAACAUUUACUGGUGAUAUUCCAUCUAAUCGUCUUUUCCACUCUACAAAUCUUUUACCCAAUUCGGAUGAUAUUAUUUUGUAUGGCGGAAGUAAUGAUGGUGCCAAAGCGACCACCGAUUACUGUUAUACAUUAAAUAUUUUAGAGAACAAAUGGACACGACAGGAUUUUUACGUCCCUACGUCUUUAAGUGGACCUAGAUUUAGUCAUUCAACUGUGCUUGUUAAUUCAACACUAUUUGUUCUGUUUGGAAGAGGUUUAGACGGAAGUCUAAAUCCAUCCAUGCUUACCCUUAAUGUCGCUGAUGCGACCAAGAUCGCUUAUACUUCUGUCUAUAGAGCCGAUGGUCAAUACGAGCUUGAAGCCGAUGAAACACAUCCACCUGCCGCGUCUACCGGAUUAAGCACAGGUGCAACGGCGGGAAUUGGAGCUGGAUGUGGUGUUCUUGGUCUCGGUAUUAUUGCAUUUAUUAUAUUCUACAUGCGUCGUCAAAAGAAGAAGAAGACCCAACAACAUCAACAGCUUGAAUCCGAUAUUGCUAAUGAACAGUUACACGACCCUAUUCAUGUGGAUUGGGAUAAAAUCGAUAAUGAUUAUAGAGAGGUUGACAAUUUAGCCUACACGCGGUCUCCCCAAUUAUCAGAAAACACAACACAAGUUAAUAGCCCUUUGUCAGGAGCCGCCGCAAUUAAGCAUGUACCACAUACACCAGAGCCCACCAACAUGGAAGUCCAACCCCAUAUGAAUAAGAACCCAGAUGCAAUGGACGAAGUGGAACUUGUUAAACCAUCGGCUGGAAUUUCGAUCGUCAAACCUGAUGGUUAUCAAUAAAUUUAAACUUCUCUUUUGAUCAUCUAUAACAUAGCUCUCACUGCUACUACUACUACUAUUUUUAUAAAAGCAUCCACAUACAAUAAAUAAAGGGCUGGCAAUGUAUACCCUAUUAUCGAUACUGCUGCUAGAAGACCACAUUAUAAAUAAAUUUUAGUGUUU